AUGAGCGACGGCAGCGUGGUGACCUGGGGCCUCGCUGGAUCAGGAGGCGACAGCAGCGCCGUUCAAUCGCAGCUCCACGAUGUGCGGUGCAUCCAGGCGACCUCCGCGGCUUUCGCUGCACUCCGCGCUGACGGCUUCGUGAUCACCUGGGGCAACGUGGAAUUUGGAGGCGACAGCCGGGCCGUUCAGGAGCAGUUGAGCGAG